GAAUUUUUGCAGUGUGAUUCUUGUAAAUGGGCUUUUUUUUGAGCUUAUAUAACAAUGGGCUUUUGAAAACUUUUGAGGCCCAUAGCAAUAAUCUAAAGCUACUUGAAAUGGUCUUCUGGAUUCACAGAAACCUAGAAUAAGGAAGACCUUCUUCCAUUGGCACCAGAGCUGUAGGCUGUAAGAGUAAGCCCCAAAUCCAAAGCUCACUCUCGGGUUUGGUGAGGUUGAUUAUAUCAGCAAAAUUUGGAUGGAGUGCGUGGUUCAGGGAAUCAUAGAAACACAGCAUGUUGAAGCCCUUGAGAUUCUUCUUCAGGGUCUUUGUGGUGUUCGCAGAGAACCUUUGAAGGUCCAUGAGAUAUGCCUUAAAAGUGGCCCAAACUUAGGAGCUGUACCUUCUGAGGUUCGACUUAUUUGCAAUCUUGAACAAACUGAACCUACAUGGACUGUGAGGUUCGUGGGGGGUGCGAUGAGAGGUGCAGGUGCUGAGCAACUCUCAGUUUUAGUAAGAACUGUGAUCGAAAGCAAAGCAAGCAAGAAUGUGCUUCGCUUAUUUUAUGCACUUGGCUACAAGUUGGAUCAUGAGUUACUGAGGGUUGGGUUUGCGUUCCAUUUCCAGAGAGGCACGCAGAUGACUGUGACUGUGUCAUCAGUUAAUAAGAUGCCACAACUACACAAUACAGAUGAAGCUGUCCCUGUAACUCCCGGGAUACAGUUGGUUGAAGUUACAGCCCCUGCAUCAUCUGAAACUUAUACUGAAGUUGCGUCAGCAGUGUCAUCAUUUUGCGAAUAUCUUGCACCCCUCCUGCAUUUGUCAAAACCGGGAAUUUCAACUGGGGUUGUUCCUACUGCUGCUGCCGCUGCUGCAUCUCUCAUGUCUGAUGUGGAUCUCAAUGGGUCUCGUCAUUCUUGCAACUUUUUCAUCACGAGUCGUUACAAUUAUCUUAUUUCCUGGUGCUCCGACAUGAAAGGGAGACUGUAGGGUUGUCCAUUGAUCAUGGUCACAGGUAUUCCAAACAUCAUCCAAAACAAUUAGAAACUUUUUACUUGCUAACUCCUAGCUCAAGUUAUCUUGAACUUUAUUGAAUUCCUUGAAGUCACAAUACACAGACGUGACCGAUUCAAGAAUGGCUUUUGUUGCUCUAACAAGGUCAAAAUCAUCAGACACUGAUACCCAUACCUUAAGAUCGAACUAUUCCAGGGCAAUAUUGUUGUCCUUGAAUACUGAUUUAGCAAGUGUAGUCUUCCCAACUCCAGGCAUGCCAACAAUUGCAACUACAUGGAAAUUGACAGUAUAGAUUCAUCUCUUGACAACAAAGCAACAAUCUUCCUUUUGUCUUCAUACCUUCCAACCACAGGUCCAUCAAGGAAGCAUGAGCUUGUUCGCCUUUGGGAUGCCGCACUAGAUCCAGCUCCGCUAUUAUUCAAACCGAGCAUGUUUUUUCGUUGAGAUAUUUCUUGCAAUCGUUCAGAAAUCUUUUCCAUUUCAGAGUUCAUAUUGAAGUUGCAUUUAACUUUAAGUAAGAGGCCUCGUACCUUGCUUGUGCCAGCCAGAUUUUGCUCCUUGGCCUUGAAUCGUAACAUGUCAGUGGAAAACCUGUCCAAGAUUGUCCUCCACAUCAUAAGCCAAGUCUUUGAGAUCAUCCAGCCACUCUUUCACUGACAUGCUUAUGAGUUGCUUCUCCUCGGCGUCAUACAACACUGCUCGAAUUGCAGACAGUGUUUCACUCCAUUUUUCAAGCUUCCCGCCAAUGCCCUUCUGCCGUGCAAAUUUGAGGAACUCACGAGAGGCUAACCUGUCGAAUAGCACCUGAAGGAACGCAGCAAGAAAGACCUCUCCCACUGCCAUAGUUAGUUUCAGGAAGGAAGCAAUCAAAGUUGUGAUUUGUGAGAGUGACGAAGAAGAUGACAGAGGAACAAGCAAUGCAAUCAAAACAAUCUAAUCAAGUGAUUUGAACAAGACUAUUACCUAAAAGCAUUGAAGAUUCAAGAAUUAGUUGUUGCCUAAAGUCAAACCAAUCUAAUUAAGUGAUUUGAACAAGACUAUUACCUAUACACAGUGGUCUAAAAGUCUCUCUUGGAUGGCCGCCUAGGUCCCGCUUGGAUUAGUCUUGAUGAUGUUUAGAUUCACCCGGUUUAGAUUUUUCUCUAACUUUUGUUUUUUUUUAACAAAUGACUGGUGCGGCUGCCCUCAAGUCUUUAUUAAUGAAACUGUCGAAUUCAAGACGGAGACAUUGAGCCUAAA